GCAGAGGAUUUAUUAGCCCACAAAUCAAUCCAUAAUUUCAUCAUCUUAAUUCCAAAUUCAACUAAUUUUAUUCACUUUUAAUUACAAAUCCUUUCUGUGUUUAAUUCGCUUUUAUUGUUCUCUGUUAUUAUUGUUGGGAAUAAAAUAAAGUCCCACCAAGCAAAUGCCCCAACUAUAAGAUGCACCACCUUUUGUCAAAAUUUCACAUUCACUCGCUAAUUCCUCUCUUCUCUGCUUUGAAAUUUUGAGUUUUGAUGGAUGCAACAAAGGGAUUGGAGGUUCCGGGUGAGACCCUUGAAGCAGAAGUGAAAGCCUUUUUUGAUUCUGCUCCUCCUUUGCAGAACAGUGAUGGAAUAACUCUGCAGUUAGAUCAGUUCAUUAAACGCAAUUCUUCUCCUUCAGGAAAUGGGAAAGCCAGGAGAAUUGUUUGUGUGACUUCUGGUGGCACCACUGCUCCGUUGGAACAACGUUGUGUUCGGUACGUUGAUAAUUUCAGUUCGGGUCACAGAGGGGCCACAUCCACAGAGUAUUUUUUGAAGGCUGGAUAUGCUGUUAUCUUUCUUAACCGGAAGGGAAGUUUCCAGCCAUUUUGUAGAUCCCUUCCUGAUGAUCCUUUACUUGAAUGCUUCAAGCCCACCGAUGAGUCGAACAUUCAAGGUAUAAGUUUCUUCCACUCAAAGAUUAGCAUUUGCGAGGCUUAUUCGGAAGCAGUGAAGAGGGCUGUCGUGGAUCAUCACACUGCAGUGACAGGUGGUCUCUUUUUGAAACUGCAUUUCAACACCAUAUUUGAGUAUCUCCAGAUGUUACAAAUUAUUGCAGUGUCAUUGAGGUGUAUUGGCCCACGUGCAAUGUUCUAUCUUGCUGCUGCAGCGUCCGACUAUUAUGUUCCUUGGAAGGAAAUGGUAGAGCACAAAAUUCAGUCAGGAUCUCACCUCUUGGAUGUGAAACUAGUUAAUGUGCCAAAAAUGUUGUCGGUGCUCAGGAAUGAUUGGGCUCCUCUUGCUUUCUGCAUAUCUUUCAAGUUAGAGACAGAUUCAAACAUUCUUCUAAAGAAGGCUAGUGCAGCUCUUGAAAAGUACAAGAUGGAUGCAGUAGUUGCAAAUGAACUCUCAUCUCGCAAGGAGCAAGUGGUGGUUGUCACUAGUGCUGAGAAUGUUGUCGUUAAGCGUGAUAAGAGUCGAUCAGAUAAUGACGUAGAGAAUCCCCUGAUUAAACUUCUUUCAGAGAAACAUGCCACUUACAUUGAGCAUCCCGGCAGAUGAAUCUAGGAAAUGACUUUGGCUACUCGUGGUUGCAGUUUGGGCACUAAAAUUCUUUGCAUCAUCAACAUGAAUAAAAGGGAGAAGAAUUAGACAGUAUGGAUACAGCACAGGGCUAGAGAAGAAAGGAACUGUAACAGAAAACGACAGUUCUAACCUUAGUUUUGUCAUUUUGCAAUUAUUUAUAAAUUUUGUAUUUUACUUCUUGUGAUUCUUCUUAUCGUUAAUUGGGCUACUCUUUUUCUCAUAUUAAUUAAUAAUAUUCAACUAAAAAUAUGUGUGUAGUGAUACUUUGGCACAGCUUUUGGUUUUACCAUUAGUUUAAUAGUUUAAGAUGAACAGAUACCAUUAAGAAACAGCAAAGGGAUUAUGUAUGGUGAAAUAGUAACCAUGGUAUGACAAACGUGGAACUUACCAUGACGUAUUGAUGAGUCUCGGUUUGAUUGAGUUUUUCUUAGCUAAAUGCAUCUCUUUGGAUUAUAUUUUGUUCUUAAACUCUUAAUUUUAGAAUAAAUUUAGUUUUGAUUGCUUAAAUACUAGUUCAUCUUAAGAUCUGUUAACUAAGUGUUUUUAGACAUAUUUUUAGUUCAGUUAUUGUAGUAAAUUUCUAGUCUUGUAAAUAAAUAAAAUUUAGAUUUGAUUUCUAUUUUUAGUGUAUAUUUUAGUUUUCGAUUUAGUGUAUUUGUUUAGUUUUAGUAAGUAGGUUAAUUCAACUUCAUUCUUUAUUUUUGGAAGUAGAAUUUUGUUGUUUAGUUUUGAUUUUUUAGGUGCUGUGGAAAUUAACAAUUCUGAUGUAGUGAACUUGAGAAAAUCUGGUCUCGGAGGAUAGUUGAAGAGCUGAGCUGAGUUAUUCAUUAUUGGCAUGACCUGCUGGAUUAAGUUAGAGCUGAAGAGAUGGAAUUGAAAUUGUCACUGGCAACCUAUACCUACCUGUGAAUAAAGAAGAAGCUGAAAUGACGAAUGAGUCUUGAACAAGCUGAACUUGAAGAAGGGAAACCUGCUGGACCAGAAGGAGCAACCUAUUACUAUAGGUUGAGACUCCAAUGGUCAGAUUCUGCAUUCAUAGAUUAUCUGCACCGGCCAUUGGAGGAGAAAAGAAGCUGAAUUAGAUUACUUGCUACUUAAGUCAUUUGCAUAGAUAGACUAGGCUAGUCUAGGUAGUUUGUUCAUAAUUUUUACUUGCUAUUGGCAGUUCAUAUGACUAGUUUUAGGCUGUUUUCCAGUUUUCGAGGUUUGGAUUCUUAGAAGCAUAUAAAAGGUUUGCAUCUGAAACUUGCAAAA